AUGCAGUCCCCGUCAAUUAUUGCAACGUGCAGACAGACACGUUUCCAUCUCCUAGAUGAUAAGCCUUCUAAAGAGGUCGACGUGGAGGGUCUUACCAUUACCGUCUUCUCACCCACGCCUGAAAACAUAGUUGCAGGAAAUCCAUUCGAACAGAAACUUAAAGGAAGAGGCAAGGGAAAAUCCAAAGCGAAAGGCGAAGGACGAGAGCUUAUCGUGGACGCGCAUUUGCGGCUCAAGGCCGGCGUGCAUUAUGGAUUGCUGGGAAAGAAUGGGACGGGGAAGUCGACACUUCUGAAGGCCAUGGCUGAGAAGCUUAUCCCUGGCAUCCCACAUGCAAGUCGAAUAGCCAUCUUACAGCAGACGGACGUCGAGUCUCGGGAUGAUGGCGUGGAAGAUGCUCGUACAGGAGCCAGUGGUUCCGAGGGAAAUAAUAAGGGCAGAACAGUUCUUGAAUACGCCAUGGGAAGCGAUAAGUCCGCAAAAGAUAUCGUUCGAAAGGCGACUAUUCUCGCGAAAAGCUUCGAUACAGAUGACCCACUAGAGCCAGUGAGAGCCAUUCGCAAAAUCCGCCACGAGAAGCUCGAAGAACAGCUUUUCUUAGCCCAGAAGAAUUCAAACUUAAAGAGUGGAGCGAGGGGAUUCCAGGCGAGAAAGGACUUGAAAGCCGCUGAAUCUAAACUUGAAGUCUCGCGGAAGUUAGUCGAGCAGGAUAGGGAAAUGAUAGAUGUCGCAGCAAUUAAGGACGACACUCAGAGUGCGAUUGACACCCUGGAAGAACUCCAGUCCAUAAUUGAAGCAAUAAAGAUUCGAGAUGUAGAGCAACACGCUCGCCAUAUCCUAAAAGGCCUUGGCUUCAAAGAAGCCGCAUUCAACAAACCAUUCAAGACAUUGUCCGGAGGAUGGCGCAUGCGGUGUGCCCUAGCCAGUGUCCUAAUCCAGGAAUCUGAUAUCAUGAUCCUCGAUGAACCGACCAACUUUCUAGACCUUCUUGGAGUUGUAUGGCUCGAGAACUACCUCCAUCAGCUCCGUGAUUCUUCAGAAACGACAGUUGUCGUCGUGUCCCACGACAGAGCGUUUAUGAACGCGGUAUCCGAGGAAAUCGUAAUCCUACGGGACCAACAACUGACUUAUUUCCGGGGCAACUUAACGGCGUACGAGCAGGAUUUUGACGAGCAAAAGCUCCGCUGGGGCCGUAUGAAGGAAACACAGGAACGACAGAUUGCUCAUAUGGAGGCGACAAUUCGUGAAACCACUAAGGCCGGAAAGAAAACAAAUGAUGAAAACAAGCUGCGCAUGGCAAAAUCCCGCCAGAAGAAGGUAGAUGAUCGCAUGGGUAUCCAAGUCAGUGCGAAAGGAGGGCGAUUCAAACUGAACCGCGACCUUCCCGGGUUUCACUUGUCCAGCCGUGCAGAAAUAGAAGUGCCAACUGAUGAAAAGGCGUCAAUUAUCCUACUUCCCGAGGCUUCGGAGUUGCGGUUCCCCGGACCCCUGAUUUCCUUGGAAGGCGUCCAUUUCCGAUAUAAACCCACCGAAGCCCUUGUCCUGAAUGGAGUCGAACUGGUCGUGCACUUGGGGGAUCGUGUGGGCAUCGUGGGACUCAACGGGUCUGGGAAAUCGACGCUAUUACAAAUUGUGACAGGAAAGCUACUUCCUUCGAAGGGCAAGAUCUCCACUCACUCGAGACUAAAAUUUGGAUAUUACUCGCAGCAUGCGGUUGAGGAGCUUCAGGAACAAGGCAAAACGGAGCCCGAGCUGACCGCACUGGGACUAAUGGCCAGGGAGAUUGAAGGGGCAUUAAAUGAAGGAGCCACCAGAGGUUUACUGUCAUCAUUGGGUCUUGCAGGUCGCAUUGCAUCUGAUGUUCCCAUAUCACGGCUUUCAGGAGGCCAGUUGGUGCGACUAGCAUUAGCUAGGAUCGUGUGGAAUUCACCGCAUUUGCUAAUUUUAGACGAGAUCACAACGCACCUGGACUUUUAUACUGUAACCGCGCUAGCCACGGCCAUGUCUUCUUUUAACGGAGCUAUAUUGUUGGUCUCACACGACCGUUUCCUAGUCCAGUCCGUGAUCGAAGGAAAACGAGACCUCGAGCAUAAAUUAGACAAGGAUUUCGAGGGAGUCGACGAGGAGAUGGACGAUGUACAAAGCAGGAAACGAGAGACGUAUGUAAUAGCGGGAGGGAAACUUCACCAGCAGAAGAACGGGGUGGAGGAAUUCGAGAGGAGUCUGAUGAAGAGGGUGCGGAAAACGCUCUCAACUGAUCAUUGA